AUGGAUUUUUGGUCUCGUCUCAUUGGCGGCUCACGCGCGCUAUCCAAGACCUCCCGGGCGACCUCCCCAACUGAACGCUUGACAGCAUUCAAACGCGCCUGCAACGCUCUUCAGCAAAUAUGGCGCUCAAACAAUACCCCCUCCGGCGAACAGCCAAUCUCGCACGCGCGUACCUACAUCGAACAACUCAACUCGAUCUUGAGCGAUGAAUCUCGAGGACCAGCUCCUCAUCCAUGCGUGGCCUAUGCCGCAUCUUCCCAGAUAUUCGUGACAGUCACAAAGUUAGCCCUUUCGUACCACGAUGACCGGUUGCUGCGCUCGGCGACGACCUUCUUCAAUACCCUUAUCGAUGCAGAGGUGGAUGGCGUGGUGGACAACCGGCUCUUUGCUCGCGCAAUGGUGGACCUCGUUCGGCGAGCGGAUAAAUCUUCAGUUGAGGUCGAAGGGAGAUUGGUGGAACUGCUAUUUGGCAUUUCCAACAAUAUUCGUUUACAACCCACUAUUCUGCCCGCGUGGUUUGGCCCCCGAGCCACCCCCAUCGGCCAGGAUGGCGAGUCGUCAGGCCCGAGUGGGACGGAGUUUGCAGGCGCGACGCGUAAAGAUGAAUUCCCAUUGUUCUAUCUACUUGUCGACUAUGUCCACAAUGAGGGUCGGGCGGGAGAUUUUGCGCGGACUGGGCUCCUAUACUUGAUUGAGACGGCAUCACGCUCGAAAAACUUAGAAAAGUGGUUAAUUGAAAGUGACCUUGCAACGCUGAUGGCAACCGGAUUGGGUGCAUUAUACAGCCAGUUGGGCAGCUUAUGCUUCCCAUCGCCUGACGAGGAGGCUCCUCGUAUAAUUGCACUUUCGGACCAUGCAAACGAAGUCACGGCUCUUCAGCCCGCUCUGGGUGAAGCUAUGGACGCGUUUAUGUCAUACCUGCUCUUUUGGCAGGAUACCAUUGACCACUGCAAGUCUGCAGAAGUCAAUGACACUCUCCUGGAUCAUUUCCAGGUCCUAUUUCUCGAGCAACUCUUAUAUCCUUCACUAUUAGAAUCAUCCGAUGUGGCGGGCGGUUCAACAGCAGCUGUGUUGACCUACAUGUGCCGCAUUCUGGACUCAAUCGAUCAGGGUGAAUUGGUUCACCGCAUCUUGCAUUUCUUAUUGGCUUCAUCGCCUCCACCCGAGGAGCAAAUGGAUAUGUCGGCAAGCCGACGCAAAUCUCUCAAUGUGCUGGCAGCCUUGGCUUCGGAGGCAGCUCAGCCCUCGCCUUCUCUAUUUAAUUUACGUGACCUCGCGCUCAUGGGGCUUCAAUCCACAAACCGACAGACCGUCUUGGCAACAUUACGUCUAUUGAAUGUUGUUCUCCAGCGGCACCAUCCAUUUGCCCGAGCCCUUAUUCACACCGUAUCCAGUCAGCCGGCUCAGCAGCGAUCUGUCGGUGCGUUCAACGCCGAGCUUGAACAGCUCCUUGGCCUUGGAACAUCCGUCAUCGAUGAACCAACACUGAAUGAAUCCUACGACAACUACGUUUCGGAUGCGACAUGGGUGCUCGAAUCACGCCUUUGCCUUCCUGUGUCAGCUGAGGAGGCCGAGGAUGAUAUCCCGUUGCCCCAACAGCUUCAACAAGAUGAUCCCAUUGUGCAGGGGUUGCUGAACUGCGUUGAUUCGUUUUUCACCAACAGCGUUAUCGUCAACCUGGCACUCACCGGAGUGCUUAUGAGCCUAGCAUCAUCUCAUCUGUUUUCCCUAGAUGGCUGGGUGUUAGUUGAUCCAGCCCAAUACGACCCUUCCACUGAGGCUCCUUCAGAUGGCCUUGACCACGUUUGCCAGGCUUACCGAGCACCGACAUGGCCUGCAACUGCUGCCCCAACUCUAACUGCUGCACUUCGACGGCUGGUAGAGCAAGUCUGCCAGUGGAAACAAGAUCUGCCCGACUUUGAUGUUCUGAUCGCUGCUCGCCGUGAGCUACUGCAUAAAGAGCAAGAUCCUCAGAUGCCGGAAUCCUCAGAGCCAGCUGAGACAGGCCCAACAUCUACAGACCGCUCGCGCCCCUCAUACCCCGGAUCAUCAUCCGAGCCCUCGAAUUCGCGGGGGCAGUCGCCUGGAAUGUCUAGCGGAAUGCGGGACGAGUCGUCUGUGCGCCCAAUUGACUCUCGCGGGUCGGACCCCACGGCUCUCCGCCAGCGGCUAGCCAUGCCCUUUCCCCCGGUUCCCGUACAACCCGAAUCGGAAGUGGAUCCCACGCCAGACGCAGAUCACGAAACGCAAUCUUCCGUUACACUAGGCCACGUUCUCACCAACAUCGUGAUUCUGUACGAGUUUUUGCUGGAAUUGUCUGCCGUGGUACAAGCCCGAGGAAGUCUUUUCGAAGAAGCAGGAUAUAUUUAG